AGCCAAGCACCACACGCCGACGCGAACCAACCAACCGGAGAGGAAAGGAAAGCUCGGGAUCGGAGCAGUAGUAGUACUAGGACGACUCAACGACGACGAUGCUUCGCCGCCGCGGCUUCUGCUGCUGCUCCGGCGCACCCGCCGCCGCCGCCGCCGCCUUGCUCCUACUGGCCGUGGCGGCGGCCGCCCCCCGCGCCGCCGGGUUCCACCUCGGGGGCGACGAGAGCGUCCUCGUGCGGGGCAUGCUCGCCGCGAUCCGCCGCGAGCAGGCCGAGGCGGAGGACGCGGCGCGCUUCGCCGUCGCGGAGUACAACAAGAACCAGGGUGCUGAAUUGGAAUUUGCACGGAUAGUGAAAGCCAAGCGUCAAGUUGUGACUGGUACCUUGCAUGACCUGAUGUUGGAGGUAGUUGAUUCUGGAAAGAAAAGCCUGUAUAGUGCAAAGGUAUGGGUGAAGCCGUGGCUAGAUUUUAAGGCAGUCGUCGAGUUCCGUCACGUUGGGGACUCCCAGUCACAGUCGGCCACUGCUGCUGAUGAUAACGCUGGGCAAGUUGUUUUUCCAGAUACUGCUGAUCCCACUGUGGCAUCAAGGAACGACCUGCACAACACUGAGAACAAUAAAGUCUCUGUUGUCCUGUCAACCUUUUCUCAGACAUACUCGGUGUGAAUCUAGCUCCAUGGAGAGGAUAUGGAAGACUUGAGCUUCUGAGAGCUAGCUGUCAGUAAUUUGUGAAGUAAAGUAGCUGUUAUCCUUUUGUGAAGUUUUCCCCACUGUUAUGGAAUGAUGUCUAGAUCGUAAUAUGCCGUUGAGCAGACAUGAGUUUGACAUCUGGAGUGUAUAUUUGUUGCUGCAAACUGCAAAGUGAACACUCCCAUGUAUAUUCCAUACCUUUCGUUCCCAUGCAUGUAUAUAAGGCAUUACUGCUACCGUUGUAUGGUAUACCCGCUGCAUGUGUUUGCAUUUCAUCGAUU